AGUAGUCAGAGGCUGAGCAAGGCCCCGGAGUAAGAAACAGAGCGAGGAUAUGAUUGGUUUCUGGAACGCCCCGCGCCACCUCCUACGUGGGCGGACCAAUGGACUGACGGGGGCGGGCUCUUCGCGGGCGGUGUCCUAAAGGCUGCGAGGGCGGCGGCACUGGUUACGGCGAGUGGCGACCCGCGAUGAAGCCGCCCAUUUCAAUACAAGCAAGUGAGUUUGAUUCUUCAGACGAAGAACCUGUUGAUGAAGAACAGACUCCAAUUCAAAUUUCAUGGCUACCUCUGUCGCGAGUGAAUUGUUCCCAGUUUCUCGGUUUAUGUGCUCUUCCAGGUUGUAAGUUUAAAGAUGUUAGAAGAAAUAUUCAGAAAGAUACAGAAGAACUAAAGAGCUACGGGAUCCAAGACGUGUUUGUUUUCUGCACCAGAGGGGAGCUGUCAAAAUAUAGAGUCCCAAACCUUCUGGACCUCUACCAACAAUAUGGAAUUGUCACCCAUCAUCAUCCGAUCCCAGAUGGAGGGACUCCCGACAUUGGCAGCUGCUGGGAAAUCAUGGAGGAGCUGGCCACCUGCCUCAAAAACAACCGGAAAACCCUGAUACAGUACGUUCUUCCCUGGGUACCACACAGCAGCUCUCCCUCCUCUGCCGUCAGGACAAAGCCAAUGCAUGAGAAGAGCACGACAGGCCUGGGACCGAGGAAGGAAGCACUCAUGAACUUCCUGCUUCCACACUUCAAGGUUGUUACGGAGGACUUGGAAGAUCCUGUCUUGCUGCUUGUCUCCUCCUAUACUUGUCUGACUCAAUCUCACCACAGCAAGCCAUAGACAGCCUUCGAGAUGUCAGAGGAUCUGGGGCGAUACAGACCAUCAAGCAAUAUAACUAUCUUCAUGAAUUCCGGGAUAAAUUAGCUGCGUAUCUAUCAUCAAGAGAUUCACUAUCAAGAUCUGUGUCCAGAUAAUGAAGAUCCCAAAUAAACGAGCACAUCUAGGGUCUCCAAGUUC